CAGAUUUUGCGUAGCUUGCGCCAGUUGCCGCUCGUUGGGUUUUUGACAAAUUAUAUUCUUUUAUUUCUUUUGUUAUUUCCGUGCCAGUUUUAAACGGUGAAUUUAAGUUAGAAUCAUAAUUAAGAUUGUUUAAGAGCAAGAAGUAACGCUAAUCUACUUCAAAUAAACAAAAUUCAACUUAGUUCGAACGAAAAGUUCACGAAAGUUAACGGCACUUGUUAUUGGCACUUGUCAUGUUUCGCAGCAGCAGCCUGGAAGGCAAUACACCAAUUGACAAUAUUUCGGCCUUUCAUGCGUUAGGCGGCCUUAACAUGUAUUUGGACACUAGUCCACAGCACAACAACAACAACAACAUGUACUUGGACACUAGUUCACAGCACAACAGCAACAUGUCGCCGCCUAUAUCCGUCUCUGCCCCACUGAGUCCGCCGACGACGCCGCUGACACCGGAACACUCCACAAUGUCGUCGACUCAGUUUCCUCUGCUGACCGACAAUGUGCAAUUGAACACGGCCAAUGCAUUGCUGCUGCAGCGACAGUAUCAAUACCAUCUGCUGAUCCAACAUCACCAGCAGCAAAUUGCCUUGGCGCAGCAUCAGUUGGCUUUGGCCGCUUCAGCGGCUGCUGCGAAUCAUCACCAAAAGGACGAGAUAGCGCAUUCUCUGAAAAUGUUUGCGCUUCUCACGGCCUGCAAUGCAGAUAAUGCCAGUGGUAGCACAUCGGAUGCUAUGCAUGACUUUGCAGCCAAUGGGUAUGUGAGCGAUGACUUUAAUCGUUUUAAUUGUGCAACGCCGCAGCCCCAACAGCCGCAGCAGCAAUUGCUACGCCAACAGUUCCCCAGUGCAACAACAACAGUUGCUGGCAAUUCGGCGAAUGCAGCAGGAGUCUUGCCGUCACCACUGGCCGCUACUCAGUUGAACCUCAACAAUUGGGAGCAUCUGAAUAAUGUUUGGCGUAGCAUGUCCAUGGCCUACAUGCCGAAUAACACAGCGGUGAAUGCAAGCAUUGCAUUGGCAUCUGCUAGCCAAAAGACUACACAAACCCCCGUGGUUGUGGCUGUGCCGCCAGAUCAUGUUCGUAAUGUGACCAAUGUGAACAUUACCAAUAACAAUAACAAUAAACAGCAAAAGCGAUACAACAAUUCGAAACCCAAGGAACAGGUGCAAAGGCACUGUGUUUUCUGUGAAAACAAUAAUGAACCCGAGGCUGUGGUCAACAGCCAUUCCGUGCGCGACACUUUCGGACGUGUAUUGUGUCCCAAAUUGCGCACCUAUGUGUGCCCCAUAUGUGGAGCAUCGGGAGACUCGGCACACACCAUUAAGUAUUGCCCCAAGAAACCCAUAGUCACAAUGGAGGAUGCCAUUAAGGCUGAAUCAUUCCGACUGACUAAAAGCAACUAUUAUAAGCAGCAGAUGAAGGUUUAAGAAUUGCUGAAACUCUGGCAGUUUCUCGGGAAUGUUUAUAUAACAGAUAUAUAUAAAUCCACUCGCAAACUAUCAUCAAUUAAGAGCUGCAAACACAUUGCGCCCGGCGCGUUCGAUUUUCUUAUUAUAUAUGGCUU